AUGGAAUCAAGUAAAACUUUUGGUGCGGUGUGCACCUCAGGACCAUUAUUUGUCAGCGUGGCAAUUGCCACAAGUCGGGUUGCACCAGGACAAAGAAAUACCUGUCGCAUGCAACAUCUCAAACGACAGCAGGACCCCACACAAAUUAAGCAAAAAUCAUCAGAUUUAGUGACUGUAACAGCGGAAGGAGUUCCUAAAUUCAAUAAAAUCUCAAUCACAAAAAAUAUUCAAGUCCCAGUAAUUCCUCCAUCGUUAUUACAGAACUGCAGUAUUAUAGAUAUCGACUAUGUAAUUAAGGUGACAGCAAGUAUUGGAGGCUGCCACAGAUCUUUGCGCAUUUCAUUGCCCCUCACGAUUGGCACAGUACCAAUAAUAGAUCGAUACGAACAAUCAAAUAUAGGAUUUACAUCAAUUGCGCCAUCAGCACCGCCUAUAACAACGCAACCUGGUUCAAGUGCCCAGUAUGAUGAUUUACCUCCUUCAUAUGAACAAUGCUUGUUUGGCACCCAGAGUAUACAGGACAAUAAUGAUUCCCAACAUACAUUGGGAUUUCAAAAUUUUGCACCCUCAUAUCCAGUGUAUAAUGCAAAAAGUUGAUGCAUGGUCAAAUAAUCUAAGUUAAGUUUG